CAGGCCGUCGCUGGCCGCUUCUCGCUCCUUAGUAUCCCGGCACAAACGGCGCGCGCGCACGGGACAUACGCGCAGCGCGCUCCGUGCCAUGGCGCUCCACGUACUUUGGUUGGUAGCUGUAUUGGCGCCCUUAACGGGAGUAAUAACGCAAGAUGAUGGUUGGAUGGACGUUAACGAUAUAAAUGCAAGCCGUUGGCCGCCGACCGACUUGUACGGUGAGCGAAACCCACCACCGCCUCCCUCGCCGACGGAUUGGUACGGUGAGCGAAACCCACCGCCGCCACCCUCACCGACGGAUUGGUACGGUGCGCGCAAUGAUCCACGCAAUGACCAGCGCCCUGAACUUUCUGCGCCCACAAGAUAUUACGGACUGUCAGGGCGGCCCGACGUUCCCGCGCCGCGCCCUCCGCCCAGUCCCGGCCUUAACUUCGCAGUGUACGACCCCGUAACGCGGCAGCGCACUACCGCUGUCGACCGCAAUUGUACGGCUCCCGGUUGCUGUGUACCAAAGUGUUUCGCUGAAAAAGGAUCGAGAGGUUUUCCGGGUGCACCAGGUCCACCAGGUAUAAUAGGUCUACCUGGUCACGAGGGCGCUGAAGGCCCGCAAGGACCAAAGGGACAAAAAGGCCAGUUAGGUCCUCAGGGUCCUCGAGGCCCAAAAGGUGAUAGGGGUAAACCAGGAGCUCAAGGUUUUAUUGGUCUCACCGGACCGCCAGGACCACAAGGUGAAACUGGAAUCCCUGGUAUACCAGGAAGAGAUGGCUGUAAUGGAACAGAUGGUGAACCCGGAGAACCAGGGCCCAAGGGUAUACAAGGGCCCCGUGGUAUAGCAGGAUUUAAGGGAGAUAAAGGAGACAAGGGAGAAGCAGCUCAUAUGGGUCGAUAUCCCAAAGGACAAAAAGGAGAACCUGGAGCUGAUGGUAUGCAAGGUAGCCAAGGACCUGUCGGACCACCAGGACCUUCCGGUUUACAAGGGCCAAAAGGAAAUACUGGACCAAUGGGACCUCAAGGCUUUAAAGGAGAUAAAGGAAGUAAAGGUUCAAGGGGUCAAUCGAUUCAAGGAGACAAGGGAGACAGGGGGGAUAGAGGCGACAAAGGGCCAAGUUGUCCUCCUAUUGUAUUGCCUUGGGACGGUGAUAAUAAAAGCACGUUAAGAGGAAUUCCAGGUGAUAUGGGACCAAAAGGAGAAAAGGGGGAACCCGGAAAAUUUGGCGAGAAGGGAGAUACUGGUCCUGUAGGUGAACCUGGUUUAUCAGGACAAAUGGGAAUUAAAGGAGAGAAAGGCAUUAGAGGAAAUCCCGGAGCUAUAGGCAGAGAUGGUAUGUAUGGUGCUCCUGGACCAAUGGGACAAAAGGGAGACCGGGGAAAUGAUGGACUUGCAGGUUUACAUGGACUGCCGGGUGCGAAGGGAGAACCUGGAAGGGAUGGGUUUCCAGGACAAAGAGGUCUUAAGGGUGUACAGGGUUUACCUGGUGGCCGCACUGGGUCCCGCGGCCCACCAGGUCCUAUAGGACCUAGAGGUUAUAUAGGAUCACCGGGACCGAAAGGUACAGACGGCAGACCUGGCGAACGGGGAGAACCAGGUCCAAUUGGAUCUCCAGGUGGUCAAGGAGAACCGGGAACACCAGGCAUAGAAGGACCUGCUGGUCGUAAGGGAGAAAAAGGAGAACCUGGUCUAGAUGGUCGUCAAGGAGAAGUUGGUGUUAGAGGUUAUGAUGGGCCUGUUGGGCCACAAGGACCAAGAGGAUUUAAAGGCGAAGAUGGUGUCUCGAUCCCUGGUGAAAAAGGUUUGAGUGGUCGCCCCGGAACACCUGGAGAAAGAGGACAAAAGGGUGAACGUGGUUAUCCAGGAUUACGUGGUGUACCCGGAAAUUCAACAUUGGGAACACCUGGAAGCCCAGGAGAAAUGGGUGCUCCGGGAGAGAAGGGAGAUAAAGGUACUCCUGGCAUUGAUGGUAUACCUGGGAGUACUGGACCUAAAGGUGACAUAGGAGGCCGUUGUAAUGAAUGUUGGCCUGGCAGUCAGGGUCCAAAAGGUGAUCGUGGUGCGGACGGAUUACCAGGCGAAAGAGGUGAAAGAGGACCUUCAGGUACAGUGGGCUUAUCGGGCGAACGUGGUGCAGACGGGUUAAAUGGAUUACCCGGUUCACCAGGUGCUCCGGGCGAACGCGGUGACGAGGGGCCAAUGGGUCCACCUGGAGACAAAGGUGCCGAUGCUAUUAUACCAUCAAGCUUGAUAAAGGGGCCACCUGGAGAAAAAGGAAUACAGGGUCCGAGAGGCCCACCAGGACCAAAGGGCGAAAGAGGAAGCGAUGGCUUUAAAGGUGAUCGUGGACAGAUUGGCAUGCCUGGGCUUAAGGGAGAUCAAGGUUUCAUAGGACCGUCUGGAGCAGACGGUAUUCCUGGAAUUCCUGGCACCCCUGGAGUACCUGGUGUCAAAGGUGCUUCAGUUAAAGGAGAAAAAGGAACUCCUGGUGAUGUGGGUCAAAAAGGUGACAAAGGAUUCCCUGGACUCUUUGGAAAGAAAGGAGAACCAGGAUUGUGUCCGGCAAAUCUAUUAGAUUUAACCAAAGGCGACAGAGGAGCGCAAGGGCCACCAGGACCUCAAGGAUUACCAGGUGACGCAGGUGAAAAGGGCGAUAAAGGUUUCUCCGGUCGUCCUGGAGAUAAAGGUGAUAUGGGCUUAGAUGGUAGGCCGGGUCCUGUUGGACCUCGUGGGCUUCCUGGGCCAAGAGGUGAAAAAGGUGAUAUGGGAAGUAUGGGUUUCCCCGGAACACCUGGCGAGAUCGGUCUUAGGGGAUUUCCCGGUAUUCCUGGAUUUAAAGGAGAUAAAGGUGAAAUUGGUCCUUCCAUGCCUGGACCUCCUGGACCUGCAGGCUUGACCGGAGAAAAGGGAGAUCAGGGACCUAGAGGAAUUAUUGGAUUACCAGGCAAAGACGGACCGCCUGGAGCAAUCGGCUUGCCAGGUGAAAAAGGAGAUAUAGGAUUACCUGGAAGGCACGGAAUCAUAGGACUCCCGGGACAAAAAGGUGAUGAUGGCCCUAUUGGUCCCCCUGGAGUACCGGGACUUCCAGGUACACCUGGAAGAGAAGGUCCCAAAGGACAGCAAGGAUUUCCUGGCGUUCCAGGCAAAACAGGAGUUAUAGGCUUGCCUGGCAAAAAAGGAGAACCAGGAUUGCAGGGACCUGAUGGUCCUAAAGGUUUCCCUGGAGCUCGUGGUCGUCCAGGUCCCAGAGGUGCAACGGGGGUAGAUGGUAUGCCAGGGGAUAAAGGAGAUAAGGGAGAAAUAGGCUUUACGGGAUUACCUGGACUGCCAGGACUUGUCGGACCUAUUGGACCUACAGGUGCUCCUGGUCUAAAGGGAGACCAAGGUUACGUCGGAUCAAUUGGAACGCCAGGACGACCAGGUGUACCUGGAGACAAGGGUGAUUUGGGUAUUCCUGGAUUUCCUGGGCUUAAAGGAGAACCAGGUUUAGCAGCAGACAAAGGUAACAAAGGAGAACCAGGUUUACCUGGUUUGAGAGGGUUAGACGGGGUUCCAGGAAUGCCAGGUGAAAAAGGAGAUAAAGGAAACAAUGGUUUACCUGGUUACGGUCAACAAGGGCCGCCUGGAGAGAAGGGUAAUACGGGACCUCGAGGAUUCAAUGGUUUCCCUGGAAUGCCAGGGUCUAAAGGGGAUCGUGGAUAUCCUGGUAUACGUGGCCAGAAAGGCGAAAGAGGCAUAGGAGGUGAACCUGGCUUGCCAGGUAUACCAGGUAUUGAUGGAAUGCCUGGAAAAGCUGGUGAGCCUGGAUUACAAGGGCCACUAGGUGAAAAGGGUGAUAAAGGUGACAGGGGUUACCCAGGACGCGAUGGAUUAGGCGGUAUAAAAGGAGAACCAGGUCGUAUAGGCCCAGUUGGUCCACCAGGACUUAAAGGUGAUACGGGGUUAAAAGGAGAUCAGGGUCUACCCGGAAUAUCAAUUGACAUUAAGGGAGAUAAGGGAGACACUGGACCUCAAGGAAAUCCUGGCUUUAGGGGAGAGAAAGGAGAUGCCGGCAGAGAUGGAGAGCAAGGUUUACAGGGAGAAAAGGGAGAUCGAGGAUUUAUGGGACAAAAGGGAGAGAUAGGAAGAAUAGGAUUUACUGGAGAAAGAGGAGAAAGAGGUCCCAUUGGUCCAUCUGGUAUUCCUGGAAUAACGAUCAAAGGAGAAAAGGGAUUACCUGGAAUACCUGGCAAACAUGGACGCCCUGGUCAACUAGGUGCUCCCGGCGAGAAAGGAGAAAUAGGAUUUCCUGGUCUUCCAGGUGAAAUGGGUCCACCAGGUCUUUCUGCUCCACCAGGACAAAGGGGAGAGAAAGGAGAUCAAGGCCGCGAAGGUCUUUCUGGACCACCAGGAUUUGAUGGUGCUGUUGGUUUACCUGGAUUACCUGGACUGGAUGGUCCAAAAGGAGAGAAAGGAGACAAAGGAGCAACCGGAUUUGGCCUACCAGGUCAAAAGGGUGAUCAAGGAACACCUGGUAUACCUGGAUUGAUGGGCGAGAAAGGUGCUAAAGGGGAGCGUGGUUUUGAUGGCCGCCACGGAGAAACGGGCGCAAUCGGUUUGCAAGGGGAAAAAGGUGAUAUAGGAUUCCCUGGUGCGCCGGGUUUGAUUGGUUUGGUUGGUGAAAAGGGCGACAAAGGCGAAGAUGCAGAGUUUAUUUUAGGCGAAAAGGGUAUAAGUGGACCUCGAGGUCCUCCUGGUUUCGACGGUCUGCCAGGCAAUCCUGGAUCACCAGGUGCUCCAGGCUUAGACGGCAGUCCAGGAAUGAAAGGUGAUCGUGGUUAUCCAGGUCCUCAAGGUCCUCCAGGUCUUAUCGGGCCACAAGGUAUUCAGGGUUUCCAAGGUGAAAGAGGUGAAAUUGGACGUACCGGUGUCCCUGGUAUACCCGGAACUCCAGGAGCUCCAUGUGUUACAACUGAUUAUUUGACGGGUAUUCUUUUAGUUAGGCACAGUCAGAGUGACGCAGUUCCUCAGUGUGAAGCAGGCCACGUUAAGUUAUGGGACGGUUACUCUUUACUUUACGUAGACGGCAAUGAAAAAGCCCACAACCAAGAUUUGGGUUACGCUGGCUCCUGUGUACGAAAAUUCAGUACAAUGCCUUUCCUAUUUUGCGACCUUAAUGAUGUUUGUAAUUAUGCUAGUCGGAACGACCGAAGCUACUGGCUGUCCACUGGCCAACCAAUUCCAAUGAUGCCAGUUGAAGGCAAUGAAAUAAUGCGAUAUAUAUCAAGAUGUGUGGUUUGCGAAGUACCAGCAAAUGUAAUAGCAGUACACAGUCAAACACUGGACAUCCCGAGCUGCCCGGCGGGUUGGCGAGAGCUAUGGAUCGGUUACAGCUUUGUUAUGCACACGGGAGCGGGUGGUCAAGGUGGCGGCCAAGCAUUGGCCAGCCCCGGGUCAUGCCUCGAAGACUUCCGCUCAACGCCGUUCAUCGAAUGCAACGGAGAAGGUGGCACUUGCCAUCACUUUGCCAACAAACUUAGCUUCUGGCUCACGAUUAUUGAAGACAAUAAACAGUUUGCUAAACCUGAACGUGACACACUUAAAUCUGGACGAUUACUUGAGCGCGUCUCGCGGUGCUCCGUUUGCAUAAAAAACACCGUGUAGUAAGUAGUGUUAACGACAUCAGAAAAUAAUAAAUAAAUAAAAAACAACCAAAAGUCCAAGUAUGUAAAAAUGAGUCGAACGCAAAGCAUAGAUAUAUUAAUAUACUUUACUAUAUUUUAUAAAUGAACUUUAUACCGUAAGCGCGCAAUUCAUGUUAGUUGAUGUACGAUUAGCGGUUCCUUGUAUUUCUUCAUGUUAUCAACGCGAAUAGGCAACCAAAGCAAAAUAAAGUUAGGAUUCACAUACUUAUACCUACAUUAAGAUUUAGAGUAUUUAAUUAUUAGACAUAUUUUAUCUUCGUGAUUUUUACAUGAUUAUUUUAUUGCUUGAAAUUGUUUUUGCUUUUAUUGAGAUCAUUCUGUAUGUCGAAGAUUUGAUGAAAAAACACCUAGUUACAUUAAAUCCCCUUAAACUUUAGUUAAGUUUGUUCAUUUCGCUAGUCAUACUUAAAAAAUUUCACAUUAUAGAAUUCUGGGUGAAGCUGAUUUUGAUUCCGCUUUAUUUAAACUGCAUUUAUAAAAGUAUCUUUAAUGUCAAAUUAGAUGUAUGGAGCUGAACUAGAAUUACUACAUAAUUGCAUAUGUUAUUGUUUAAGCAAAAUUUGGGCAAUAAAAUCGACCUACAUAAUUUAAAUAUUGUUGUAAGCACUGCCAUUGUAGAUAAAUUUAUAGUUUAUAGUUACUUUAAGUAAAUUCAUACAAAUAAACGACUUAAAAAGUU